GUUUAUGUUUUCCUCCAACUUGACACCUUUACGACAACUCAGUGCAGACGGCGUCAGCUGACAGUUUCGUUACACAGUGCAAACACUGCUGGGAAUCACCCCCUGGUUCUCCGAGAAGAUCUACAGAAGUGGAAUUACUGCGCCAAAUCCUGUGCCAUGGAAUCAUUCUUGGAAAGUUUCCUUGGCAUCUUUUGAAGGAGUGUUCCACCUUUGCCAUGAUGUUGAACAUUGGAGGUCAGCGGGGGAGGUUUAGCUCAUGACUGAAAACCAUGAAGCAGCCGGAGAAGUGACACUAAAGCAACAUGGCAUCCAAGGAGAGACUGUACGAGGUCUGGAUGCUCUACUGCACCAAGAGGGAUCCAGACUACCUGAAGAUAUGGCUGGAGAUUUUCAUCAGCUCCUACGAGAGAUGCCUCGACGUGGACUUUGAAAAGCCACCUUCGAGGCCAGAUGAGCUUCCUCCCGUGUUGACGCUCCUCCCGGACAACAUCCUGCAGGUGCUGCGCCACCAGCUGCUGCAAUGCGUCCAGAAAGCCUCUGAUGGCCUGGAGGCCGAGCAGCAACACCUGGCUCUGCUGCUGCUCAAGUUCCUCAUCAUCAUCUGCCGGAACCUGUCCAACGUGGAGGAGAUCGGUACUUGCUCUUACAUCAACCACAUCAUCAACAUGACCACACUCUACAUUCAGCAGCUGAAGAGCAAGACGAAGGAGAAGGAGAUGGCCGACCAGAGCCAGGCGGAGGAGUUUGUCCGUCACGCGCUGGCGUUCUGCGAGAGCCUCUACGACCCGUAUCGAAACUGGAGGCAUCGAACCUGCGGGCAGCAGCUGGGCACAGUAGAGCGGAGCAGACAGAAGUACAAAGCAGCGCCGCUCACUGUGGAGUUCGUUCCUUUCUUUUACCAGUGCUUCCAGGAGAGUGAGCACCUGAAGGAGAGUCUGAAAUGCUGCCUGCUGCACCUGUUUGGAGCCAUAGUAGCUGGUGAUCAGAGGAACGCUCUGCUGGCCAUCUCUCCGGCCACCAUGGAGGUGUUGAUGCGUGUUUUGUCUGACUGCUCGAUGGGCAGCUGCUCUUCAGAGGAAGGAGAGGACUGGGACAGCGAAGCCCCCGACAGAAAGGCUCUUCUGACUCUAGCCUGCCUUCGAGAAGUAGUUCAGCGUCUCCUGGCCGCCAGCUCCGACCAGAGGCAGGUGGAGAUCGCCUCGGUGCUGGAAAACUACUUCAAGCUGCUGAACUCGGACCCGGCGGCCAUCGUUGCUUCUCAACAACAACAACAACAACAACAACAACAGCAGCAGCAGAAACAGCAAGCGAGGGCUCGAGUCCCGACACUCGGACGGCACUGGGAGAGCAGAUUCGUGGCGCUGCAAGUUAACAUGCUGGACACCAUCAGGGAGAUGUUCCUGUGUUCAGACAGACCCGUUCUUCAAGCCAUCUUCCUCAAUAGUAACUGCUUUGAGCAUCUGGCACGCCUUCUGCAGAACAGCAAGCUGGUUAAUGCUAGGUGCACGGCGGCAGACAAGGACCAGAAAGAUAUAACCAACAACAGGUUACAGACAGGAGAGAGGGACACUCAGGUGUUUCAAGGGCGACUCGACUCCCUCGCUGUAGCAACAAUCAAAGCCCUCACGACAGUGAUGCACAAAUCACCAGCUGCAAAGGAGGUGUUCAAGGAGAGGAUCGGUUACAAUCACCUGUACGAAGUGCUCACCUCUCUGGGCCAGCCGUCGCAACACCUCCUCAAAGAGCUGAUGAACAUGGCGGUGGAGGGGGAGCACACCUCCGUGGGGCUGCUGGGCAUCAGUAACGUGGAUCCUCUCCUCCUGCUGGUCCAGUGGCUCCCUGAGCUCGAUUCCUCGGAGCAGCAGCUCUUCACGUCCGAUUGGCUGCGGCGCCUCAGCUGUUUGAACCGUCAAACCCGCGCCACGUGUGUAAACGCCGCCAUGGUGAUGCGAGCGCUUUCUGGAUUGGAAAGCCAUCAGCGACUAAACCGAUCCUGCGCCGAGAGUCUUUUUGUGCUCGUGGGUUCGUUGGGUUCCCAGUCUUUGAGCGCCAAAGAACUCCUGGGACUGCUACGCCUCCUCAGACCUCACGAGUCCAAUAAAGCGCACCCGUAUGUGGGUCCUGCUCUCAGAUCGCUGCUGGCCAUGGUGAGGAAGCAGGGCCUGGAGAGUGCCAUGCAGUAUUUUGAUUUGUCGCCCAGCAUGGCGGGCAUCGUGGUUCCGACGGUGCAGCGAUGGCCCGGUGUCGCGUUCAGCUUCAUCGCCUGGCUGUCGUUGGAUCAGGACCAGCUGGGACCAAUGAGCAAGGACAAGAGGAAGCAGCUGUACAGCUUUUUCACCCCCGGAGGGACGGGGUUCGAGGCCUUCAUCAGCUCAGAGGGUGUGUUGGUGGUGGCCGUUUGCACCAAGAAGGAGUACGUCACCGUCAUGCUGCCCGACUACUGCUUCUGUGACUCCCUCUGGCACAGCAUCGGGGUGGUGCACGUACCGGGGAAGAGGCCUUUUGGACAGAGUCUGGUCUACAUUUAUGUGGAUGGACAGCAGAAACUGUCUGCCCCCCUCAAAUAUCCCACCAUGACAGAGCCGUUCAUCUCCUGCUGCAUCGGCUCGGCGGGACAUCGGACCACCACUCCUCCUCCCUCACAGAUCCCAGACCCUCCCUUCUCCUCCGCCUCCACCCCCACCACUCGCUCCUCGCUGGGCGCCAUCUUGUCUCCUCAGACAUGGGGGGGGCUGCUGGGAGGAAAGCCUGAGUCCGUCACCAAGCUGAUCUCUGCAGGGACGCAGGACAGCGAGUGGGGGAGUCCCACCUCUCUGCAGGGACAACUGGGGAGCGUCAUGGUGUUCCACGAACCCCUGCAGGCGAGCCACGUGAAAGCCAUCUGUAGUGCAGGUCCAAACUGCAUCUCUCCUUUCAAAACCCAGGAGUCAGAACUCGGCGACCUCUCCACCAAACUGCUGCUGCACUACUCGCCCAAGGCGUGUAGGAACCCCAUCUGUCUGGAUCUGUCUCCCAACAUGCUGCACGGACGCCUAACUGGGAAUAAAGUGGUCAACUGGGAUAUAAAGGAUAUGAUCAACUGUGUGGGCGGGGUGCUGGUGCUCAUCCCUGUUCUGGAGCAGCUGUCCCUGAUCACUCCUGAUCAACAAACCAUUGAUCCUGGAUCCGAUUUCAUCACCCCGGAUGUGACCACGCCAGCAGACGGUGAUUGGGUCAUCCUCCCGUCCAAUAGGGCUUCAGAGGCCCGCCUGGAGAAGAAUCUGGUGGCCACCUUCCUGUUGGUGCUGAAGCAUUUCCUGCAGAGGCACCUUAUCAACCAGGAGAAUCUGCUGCACUCGCAUGGAGUCGGUACAGUGGGAGCGCUGCUGCAGAAGCUGCCAGCAGGUCACGUGGAUGUCAGCGUUCUGGUUGCCAUGCAGCUGCUGAUCGAACAGGUGACGUUUGAGAAGAACCACGCUCUGCUGCUGCAACUUCACACACACCUGCUGUUCAACUUCAACAUCUGGAACAAAGGAGACUUCCCUCUGCGCAUAGGUCAUAUCCAGUACAUGUCCACCGUCAUCAAAGACAACAGGAAGCUGUUCAGAAAGAAAUAUGGAGUUCAGUUUCUUUUGGACACCAUGCGCCUUUAUUACGGGAAGAACAGCCAUAGAGACGGUGAUCUGAGUGAGGAUGACAUUCGAACCAUCCGGGCGUCUCUCUGCGGACUCAUCAAGUAUUACAUCAGCAAGGGCAUGUCUCAGGAGGAGAUGCACAGCAUUCUGGGAUACAUCGCCGCCAUUGGAGACGAGGACCAGUUGUGUGGGAUGCUGGAGUUGUUGCUCAGCCUCCUGCAGACGAGUCCGGCCAGAGAUCAGAUCUUUCUGCUCCUCUUCGAGCCGUCGGAGGCCGACUCCUGCUACGCUCUGUUGCUCAACAACAAGCACUCAGACCGACUCCGAGAACUCGUCUUCAAGUUGUUUGAGCGCAUGUUGCGCUGCGACCGCGUCUACGAGAAGAAUAAGCAGCGUCUGCGUCUGAGGGAGGCGGGAUACUCCGGCCUGUCGCUGCUCUUCUCUGAACUUCACAUCACUCCGACCCUGAUCCGCUGUCUCCUCAACCAGGUCCUCCACACAGAUUCUGUGGUGAACUAUAAGGACAUGAUGGCUCUGGUGCAGCUCACUCAUCGAGCCGGACCUGGUGUACGCCUGCUCGUCUGCAAGAGGGUUUACCAGCUGCUUCAAUCCCAACAAGAUGCCGCCGUGCAGAUUUCUCGUCAGCAGUGUUGGCAGGACACCCUCAUGCGCCUCUACCUUCGGGGGGAAGGAUCCUUUCCUCUUCGUGGCUCGGACACAAUCAGCACCUGCAGUCUGGAUCUCAACCGAUCGGGAGGCACGCAUCGUCUGGAUGUUCCUCAUGAAAGGAGGUCGAGAACGGGCAGCCGUUUGGAGGACGACCGAAUCAGCGUGGGAGAAACUCGCUCUGUCGACAGCCUGGAAAACGGAGACGCCAUUUCUCUCCUGGACACACCUUCUUCUUCUGCCUCCACCUCCACAAAGCCUUGGGUCUUGGGGAAGUCGGGGGGUUUGAUGCUGGAUCUGUCCCAUCUUCAGUCCUUCGAAGGCGGGGACAGCGGCAGCCAAACGCCCGGCAGCGCUCAGAGCACACCGUCACCUCUGGAGACAUCCAAACCUUUUCCAGGGAGCACCGGGGAUAGAGAUGCAACGCCCUCCCUGACUGAAGACAGCUUCCUGUUCAGUGACAACAUCUCACUGGGCGAGUCCUUCAACAACGCUGAGCGAGCGGAGGAGGAGCUGUGCAGCAUGCUGCUGGAGAUCGUGCUCUGCGUGAUGUGGCGAGGUGUUGAAGGAUCAGAUGAUUCAGCGUGGAUCGAGCGCGGACAGGUGUUCUCUGCUCUCACCAAACUGGCAACCGCCAACGAGCUGCUGCUUCCUGUCGACCAGAUCAAACUCAGUCUGAUGGAGCGCAUGUUGGAGUGGUCGGUGUGUGAUAACCGCGAGGCGUCGGCCUCCUCGCUGCCGCAGCACACGGAGAACGCGGUGCGCUUGCUGCACAUGGUUCAGGACUUCCUGCAGGCCGAGGGUCUGGUGAAUCCGGCGCUGUGGACGGAGAAGGUUCUGGAGGAGACGGUGACGCUGAUGGACAGCUUGAUGGUUUGGUACGCCUCCGGAUCGCAGUGGUUCCAACUCUCCCAGGUGGGACUCCGGCUGCUGCUGGGCUUCAUGGCGCAGGAGGACCCAGAGGUGUGUGCCAUGGCGACGGCGAAGCUGAACGGCAUCCUGCAGACGAAGGAGGUGUCGAGUCAGGACGAGGCGUGCUACCUGCUGGGGAAGGUAGAGGGGAUCCUGCGGCGCUCCAUCCAGGAGGAGGAGCAGGCGGAGGAGACGUACUCCUUCCUGGUUCCUCUGCUGAGGACGCUGCUCUCCAAAGUCCACCGCCUCCUCUACAUGGAGCUGCACCUCCCAAAGCUGCCCGACACCAACGGCAGCCCCUCCUUCUUCGAGGACUUCCAGCUGUACUGCAAAUCCCCCGAGUGGCGCGUCUACCUCGACAAAUAUAUUAUCCCGUACAUGAAGCAGUAUGAAAUCGAGACGUUCAGCCAGGGUCACGAGACGAUGGCUCUCUACUGGAAGGAAUGCUACGAGGCGUUCAUGGUCAGCCUGCACAAGAGGGAGAGGGACAGAGGGGAGAGCAAGAUCCGCUUCCAGGAGCAAUUCGUGGAGCCUUUCUCACGCAGAGGCCGCCAGGAGAACCUGCGCUACAACAGCAUGUUGAAGCAGCAGCACAGCCAGAACAGCGCCACCCUCAGGCAGUGGAAGGCAUCGCGCAGAGGCCUGGUGUGUGAGAGAGGGCCGUGGGCUGACAGGGUGGAGCUCCCGUUGGGCUGAAUCCCAAACCGGUGCAGGUGUUGUACGGACACACAGACGAGGUGCUGAGCGUCAGCAUCAGCACGGAGCUGGACAUGGCUGUGUCUGGAUCAAGGGAUGGCACGGUGAUCAUCCACACGGUGCGGCGCGGUCAGUACAUGCGUUGUCUUCGGCCUCCGUGUGAAAGCUCUCUGCCGCUCUCCAUCCUCCACCUGGCCGUGUCCUGGGAGGGUCACCUGCUCGUACACACCUGCAUCGAGGGCAAGGCCACGCUCAAGGAUAAGAACGCCCUCCACCUUUACUCUGUGAACGGGAAGCACCUGUGCAGCGAGCCUCUGAAGGAGCAGCUGACUGAUAUGUGUGUGUCAGGAGAAUACGUGGUCAUCGGAGAGCAGGGAUACCUGACCAUCCGGGACCUCUACAGUCUGUCUCUGUGUUCGGAGCCCAUGGCCAUGAGGGUGCCGGUGCGUUGUGUUUCGGUGACGAAGGAGCAGAGCCACGUUCUGGUGGGUCUGGAGGACGGGAAGCUGAUCAUCGUUGGCGUGGGAAAGCCAGCGGAGAUGCGCUCGGGCCAAUCACGAGGAAGUUGUGGGGCAGCAAGAAACUCACGCAGAUUUUCCUCGGGGGAAACGGUGUACAAAACGCAGAACGUCUGACCCUCCCCCUUCCACAUUCCUGUCACCUCCAUACCCAUCAGCAAGCAGUCAUUCUGUGUGAAGAAGCUCUUCCUGCGUUUUCCACAAACUCUGCAUGUGUGUUUUCAUGUGUUUCUGUGAUUGAGAUUACGGCGCUGGCGCUGUGGUUCAAAUCCAGAAGUAGUGCCAGCCUCAGCUCCACCUUAACACUACAAACUAUCUGUGUGUGUGUGUGUGUGUGUGUGUGUGUGUGUGUGUGUGUGUGUGUGUGUGUGGU